GGAACAGAACGGUUUGGUCAGGUUGUUCGGAAGGGUCGUACCAGAUUUCAACAGUCGCGCUCGUUGGGAACCUUUCUGGGUGGAAUAAGUGGUUUCGAUAGUGAAUUAUGAAGUGAGUGAAAGUGAGCUUUUUAAACGGUGAAGAACAGGUGGAAAUUAUCUUGUAAAGGAUAGCUAUCCUGGGAGCAAAAACCAGAGGAACUUGAUUGAGGUUCCGAUCACGUUUCAGGAAGGUGUUGGAAAAGAAACUCCCCAACAAUGACUGAAGAACUCCAAACGGCGCAACAAUCCUCGCCACAGUCCCAAUCACCCCAACAACCGCAACAAUCGCAGCAGCAAAAGCCUCGACUGGGACCAAACGAUUACCGGAAUUCGGAAUUUGUCACAAAACUCAUGGCCGCCAAUCCACCCUACAUGUACUCACCAGCGAUUGGGCCUCACAACUUUUUCUUCAGCGAAAUGUUAAGGUCGCUCGUUGCCAAUAAACGUAACGAAAGUUUGAGAAACGCCGAGCAGCUCCAUCAGCAGCAGCAAGCUCAAGCUCAGGCACACUCGCAAUCGUUGGCUCUUCAUUCAAGGAGGCCUAGGAAGCGGUCCUGGUCUCAGCACAGGAUUUUCCCAGAGACUCUGAAAGAUUCCAAGGAGCCGGAGGAGAAAAUUAGUGGACAACCGGAAAAGCCGUUGGAGUUGACGAAUAAACUGUCAGCUUUUACCCGAAAUAUAACCUCAAAAUAUGAGGAUAAUUCUGAGACUAAAUCAGCUAAUGAGAAACCUCCAAUAAACAACAACAAUCUUAUUUCGGAUCCACCGGCAGGGUCAAUGCCUCCAUCGGAUUUAAUUCUUCCUCCACCACCACCGGUAUGGUACCCUCCUCUCUAUCCACCCUAUGGUAUCGAUCCGUUGCACUUUUUCAUCGAUCUGCGCGUUUCCGGUCACAUCUACGAUCGCAAAAAAGAAUUAGCCUCUCCAAGCUCUGACGGUUCAGCUACGGUUAAAAAUGAGCAUUCCAAACUAAUACCCGCCGGACCCGAUCGCCAGGGAUCGGCCUUCAGUGUUCCAAAACCCCGUGAAGGACUCAAACCAAGUUCAGCUGUCAAUCUUUCUACCCCUCCACCCCAGCCAGGGCGAGACGAUCAAGAAGAAAACUCAUCACCAAACCAACAGCAGUCCUCGCCUCCACUCCUAUUUGCGAACGAUUUCAAAGAGAACAAAUACGACAUCAUCAAAAACACAAACUACGUAAUGCAGAAUCUACCAAGGAUCUACGGGGACCUCAAUCACAACACCCAUCUUAUGCCGAAUACGCAGCAGCAGCAGCAACAACAUAAUCAGAACCAGCAGUUGGAAUCGGUUGAGGAUGAGUCCAAUCUGAGCGAUGGAGCGGACGAUUGUAAAUCCAUAACUUCGAACGAUGAGUAUGAUGGGGUCGAGGGGAAGUUUCGCAGCGAUUCGGAUCUGAAUGUGAUCUCCGAUGAGGACGAAUCGAUUGCCGUGGAUGAGAAUUGAUGCUGAUGGUUUUGCGAGGAAAAUUGAUAAAUAUAUGUUGUUCAGAUGUUGAAAGAAUGUAAUUCAAUAAAAACCAAAUGAAUGUG